AUGUUGCUUGGCAACGUCGGCAACGUCGUCACCACGGUCGUUGGCUUGCUGGCCACAACUGGAGUCUCCCAGGCCCAAGCCGUGUGUGGUGAUGGCCUUGUCAGUGGAAACGAGGAGUGUGACAUGGGAGCACAGAACGGUCAGCCAGGAGUCAUUUGCGACACACAAUGUCUAUGCGUCCGCGGUCUUCAAAAUGUCGAACGCGGGAAUCAAUACUGUCGACCUAUGGUCGAUGUGACUUUUAGGAAAGCCGACGUCCUUAUCGUUACCGAUACUCCCCCUGGCCAGGCCACCGAGGCGCUCGGGGAGGUCAAGGCUGCCAGAGCGUGGAAUUAUUCGAUAAACUUCAUCACCACACAGGCAUUCAUACCCAUGCUUCCCCACGAGAUCCAAGUACACAGGGCGGUUAUAAUCGUUACUGUCCCUGGCAGCCCCCCGGCUGGUGAUAAAGAAGGCGUGAAUUCAUGGAGGCCACACACCAUCAACCGCUUUUGGUAUCUGUUCCUGUCUCAACGGCGAUGGCAGCCGGCAAUGACAGGCAACGUAAUAAUGUUUCUCCAUCGACCUACCACUGAGAAUACUACACGUGCCCUGAACUUUGUUAGCAAGACCAUGAGAUUUGCCGUCGAGGGCACUGGCACAGGCCUCUGGCUCCAGCCGCCGACCGAAAUAAGAAGCGGCACGACUGAAGAAAUCAACUUUCUCCAGGUGGACUUUCUCGAACAAUGGGGAAACUUUAGCAUGCGUUUCACCAACUCAUACCCCCCGAGCCCCGGAGUGUGGAGGUACAAUUAUCGGCUGAUAGGGAGGCACCGCCUGCUUGGGGACUUGAGCUCCAACGACCGGUCCAACGUCCGCGGAGUGUUUGGAAGGUUUCCCUCGACGUUUAAACCAAUAUCCAUCACGGACAACUUUCGUCCGACCCAGAAUCCACCAUACGCCAUGACAGUGAGAGGAAUAACGGGCUGGCCCACGGUGAUUGCUCGCUACGCCGAAGAGAUCCCCGACAGCUGCCCUAAUGGAGUCAUAGACCGUCCUGCGGAGGAGUGUGAUGGAACCGGCGGUGGCUGCAACCCCGAAUCGUGCUACUGCAGCCAAGGGUACAACUCGACGAGCCAGUCCUGCAACAAUACGCCCCAGUGCGGCGAUUCCGUGCUGGACCGCGUUAACGGCAGAGAGCAGUGCGAUGACGGCCCGAGGAACGGAAGCCCCACCAGCAGCUGCAACAGCCAAUGCAAAUGCGCAUACGGUGAGGCCUACAACCCCCUGACCGAUGCCUACUACUGCUGUCCGGCCGGCCAGUACUCGGACGGCAUGUGGGACCCGAACUACGGCGGCAUCCCUUGCAGGCCGGCCUGUGGCAACGGGGUGGUCGACAGGCCGGCCGAGGAGUGCGACGGUGGCAACGACCCCAAUUGUAACUUGGACACGUGCAAGUGCAAAUGGGGAACGACGUUCGACCCGGCCACGCAGCAAAACGUCUGCCUGGCCGAGCCGUUUUGCGGAGACUCCCGGGUCACGUUUGAGAGGGGCGAGGAGUGCGAGGGCUCCCAGAACGGCGACUGCGUCGACUGCAAGUGUCUGUACGGGCGGCAGACCAACGCCACGGGCGGCUACACGGGCCUCUGUCUCCCGCGCUGCGGCAACCGCGUGCUCGACGCCGGCGAGGAGUGCGACAACCCGGCCGACCCGCUCUGCGACGCCGCCUCGUGCAGGUGCUUCUACGGCCUGGACCCCUCCACCAACCGCUGCCACGCGGCGCCCUUUUGCGGCGACGGCAGGCUCACCCUGGACGCCGGCGAGCAGUGCGAGGGCUCGCAGGGCGGCACCUGCGUCGACUGCCGGUGUCCGUGGGGCUUCGUCCCGGACGCGCAGGGCAGGCCCUCGGGGACGUGCUACCCCAAGUGCGGCAACCGCGUCGUCGACGACGGGGAGCAGUGCGACGACCCGGCGGACCCCAACUGCGACGCCGCGACUUGCCUCUGCAGGUAUGGGCUCGACGAGUCGACCAUGCAGUGUCUCGACGCGCCCAGGUGCGGCGACGGCAGGCUGAGCCCCGAGGUCGGGGAGGAGUGCGAGGGCGCCCUGGGCGGACUGUGCGACGAGCAGACGUGUCGCUGUCGCUGGGGCGCCGUUCUGGACGGCCAGGGUCGACCUACGGGGGAUUGUCUUCCGGAGCCGGUCACGACGCCCUCGUCAUCGUCUGCGUCGCCCACCUCGACGGAAGUUUCGACUAGCGCCGAGGUGUCGGAGAGCUCUUCCGAGACUGCUAGCGCUGAGGCAUCCACGACUGCUGUGGAGAGUACUGCGUCGCAGGAGCCUGUCGUUUCUACUACCGAGGCGGCUAGUACCUCGUUUGAGGAGAGCGUGGAUCCUGAUUUUGCGACUGAAUCCUCCAUGGUCCCUUCACCGUCCGAGGCGUCUGCAUCGCCUACCCCGACCGAGGUUCCGACUAGUGCCGAGGCGUCGGAGAGCUUUACUGAGACUGCCAGCGCUGUGACAUCCACGACUGCUCUGGACGGUAUUACGUCGGAGGAACCUAUCGCUUCUACUACUGAGGCGGCUAGUAUUUCUUAUGAGGAGAGCGUGGACCCGGAUUUCGCGACUGAAUCCAGUGCGAUCCCUUCAUCAUCAGCGGUGUCAGCCACCCCGACUGGAGAGCCUGCGCUGCCUGGGUCGUCAGCCACCACCGACGAGCCUGUAAUUUCAGAGUCAACGACUGCUUCAACCGAGGGCGCCUCGUCGACAGGCUCGCCGGAUGGAGAGUCGGGAAGCACUGCCGAGCCCGCAGCCACAAUAACUCCAGGCCCUGAGAGCACUGCUGUAGCGCAGCCUACUGACGCGACUAGCGGUUCUCCAGCUACCGAGGCGUCGGCCAGCCCGGCGCCUGGAGAGAGUGGCUCACCAACAGUCUCUCCAUCCGCUGGAGAGGAGGGAAGCAGUUCGGAAGAGACCGCAUCUGCUUCGGCUACUGGCGUCGAUGGUUCAGACCAAGUGACGGGAGGCAGCGAGACCCCUGCCGCCACGGCCACCGCCUCCCAGUCAGACGGUUCCGCCCAGACGACGGCAGCUUUCCCUACUACCGGAGAAGAAGAGUCCGCAGCCGCUACGCCCGCAUCUCCUGCGUCUACCAUCAGUGUAGCAGAGUCUACAGCCGUGGAGACGACUGCCGUCGAGACAGGCGUCCCGGCAGACAUAACGACUGCGCCGUCAACGGCCCAGGAAACGGCCAGUGGGUCGGCCUCGCCCGCGCCGUCUGAUGCAGGGAACGCUCCCGAGGAGACUGCAUCUUCGGCGACUGCGAGCGAGUCAGAAGAUGGCGAGCAGGCAACGACUGCAGCUUCGGCCUCGGAGGAUGCUGCUGUGUCCCCCGGCGACGGGCCAACGUCGGUUGCGGAGGGCAGCCCGGCCCCGACAGACGAAGCAGCUACGCCAGCACCGUCGGCCAGUGCCGGCGCCAGCGAGGCGGCAAGCGACGAGCAAGUUUCAGCUUCGGCGACCACGACUGGCUCGACAGAUGGAGCCGAGGUAGCACCCACAGCAUCGUUGUCGGCAAGCCCCAGCGGCUCUGCGGAGGAUGGCUCGACAUCGGCUUCCGAAGCCAGUCCCGGUUCAGGAGACGAGGUAACAGCCACAGAAACAGCCGCAGCUACAAGAACGCCCUCUGCAAGCACCAGUGAGGCCUCGAACAACGAAGAGGGUACUGCCUCGAUGACUGCUACUGCUUCAGGAGAAGGCGCCCAGGAAACAUCUGUGGCAGCCUCCGCAGACGCUAGUGCUACAGGCGAUGGAACAACAUCAACCGCCGAGGGCGCAUCCGUCUCGAGUGAAGAGGCACAAGCUACAACUACGGCAGAACCUUCAGGCACCGCUAGUGAGGCUGCGAGCGAGGAGCAGGUUACUUCCUCGGCAUCCGCAACCGCUUCUGCCGAAGGUCAGGAGACCGCUGCGCCUUCGUCAGGGGAUGCUAGCAGUGAGGCAGAAGACGGGCAGAUGUCCGCUUCGGCUUCGGCUUCUGCUUCGGUGACUUUGACUAGCCCUACGGACGACACGCCGGCCUCGGCUUCGGCUACUAGUGGUGGUUCGACGGACGAAGAGCAAGCGACGCCUUUGCCAACAAUAUCGGAGACUGCAGGUGAAACUGCAAGUGCAAGUGGUGACGUUUCUGUAUCGCCUACUGCUAGCCAAUCUGCAGACGACGAACAGGCAACGGCUUCAGCGACAGCGUCGGAGAUUUCAACUGAGACUGCAAAUGCAAGUGGCGACGUUUCUGUGUCGCCUACUGCCAGCCAGUCGGAUGACGAACAGGUGACGGCUUCGGUGACAGCAUCAGAGACUUUAGCUGGUACUGCAAGUGCAAGUGACGACGUUUCUGUGUCGCCUACUACCAGCGAAACCACAGACGAUGACCAGGUGACAUCUCCAGUGGCAACCGUCGAUACCCAGACUGAGACUGCAAGUGAUGAGGUUUCUGCCUCGCCCACUGCUAGCCAGUCUAUGGACAGUGAGCAGGCAACGGCCUCAGCUUCAGCGUCAGAGACUCCGGCCGAGACUGCAAAUACAAGUGGCGACGUUUCUGCCUUGCCUACUGCCACCGAGUCUACAGACAAUGAGCAGGUGACAUCUCCAGUCACAAGUCUCGAUAUUCCGGCCGAGACUGCUAGUGUCGAUGGUUCAGUUUCAGCUACUACCACCGAAUCUACAGACAACGAACAGGUGACGUCCCCGGCCACAACUCUCGAUAUUCCGACUGACACUGCAAGUGUCGAUGGCUCAGCUUCACCUACAGCCAGCGAGUCCGCAGACGGCGAGCCGGGAGCGACAUCCCCAGUAUCCUCUGAGAAUGCAACCGCGACUGCGAGCGGCGACGCUUCUGCUUUGCCAACCGCGGGCGAGCCAACAGACGUCGAACAGGCGACGGCAUCUGCCACCGCCUCAGAGGCUGAUGCCGAGCCCACGACCGCGGAGGUUUCGGCCUCGGCAACUAUCACCGGCUCAGAUGCUGCAAGCACAAUUACAAGUGAUGAGACUCCUACUUUGCCGACUGCAAGCGAGUUGACGGGCGGUGAACAGGCAACGGCAUCUGCUACCUCUUCGGGUGCUGCUGUUGAACCCACGGGUGCGGAGGCUUCGGCCUCGGCAACUGCCACUGGCUCUGAUACUGCGAGCGCAACUGCAAGUGGUGAGACUCCCGCUUCGCCAACCGCCAGCCAGUCGAUAGACGUUGAACCGGCGACGCCAUCGGGCAUCACGUCAGGGGCUGAUGUAGAGCCCACAAGUGUGGAUACAUCAGUCUCGGCCACUAUUACUGGCUCCGAUACUGCAAGUGCAACUGCGAGUGGGGAUUCUUCUGCUUCACUAACCGCGAGCCAGUCGAUGGGAGAUGAGUCGGCAACGCCAUCACCUAUCAGCUCGGAUGCCCCCGUCGGCCCCACGGGUGUGGAGGCUUCGGCUUCGGCGACCAUCACUGGGUCGACGGGUGACGAGGAGCCAACACCCUCUGCAACAGCAUCAGAGACGGGCUCGGUGAGCGCUGGCGUGACCACAGCAGACAACCAGGCUUCUCCUUCGCCGACUCUAUCGUCAACUGCCAGCGAGAGUGUGGGUGACGAAGAUGCUUCAGCUUCCGCAACGGUUACCAGCUCGGCAAGCGAUGAACAAGCAGCGCCAUCGGGGACCGCCAGCGUAACCGCAUCGGAUGAAGAAGUGUCAUCCCCCACUCCCUCUCCGGUUACCCCUACUGCCUUUACGGAUGAUGGGCAAGCAACCCCCUCGCCGACCCCUUCACCAACUGUCAGCGUGACUGAAGACGGUGAUCAAGUGUCCGCUUCCGCAACUGCUACCAGCCCGGCGAGCGAUGAGCAAGCAACACCACCAGCGACUGCGAGCGCAAGCACACCCGAUGACGAAUUGCCAUCUCCAACUCCGACUCCCAAAACUAGCGGGACUGCAAGUGGCGAAGGGGCUUCCGCUUCACCUACUUUCACUGGCACGGCGAGUGGCGAGCAAGCAACACCAUCGGCGAGUGCCAGCGAAAGGAUAUCGGAUGACGGAUUGCCAUCUCCAACUCCUACUCCCGAAGCCAGCGGGAGUGCAGGUGACGAAGGGGCUUCCGUUUCACCUACUUUCACUGGCACGGCUACUGCCAGCGGGAGCACACCAGAUGACGGAUCAGCAUCUCCACCUCCCAUUCCCGACGCUAGCGGAACUACAAGUGACGAAGGGAUUUCUGCUUCAUUUACCGUGACGGGCACGGCGGGUGACGGGCAAGCAACACCCUCACCAACUCCAUCUGCCGCUGUCAGCGAGACUGUAGACGAUGAAAUUCCAGUGACUUCAGCGGCAUCAGCGGACGACGAGCAGGAAACUGCUUCAGCUACUGCUUCAGCUACUGCUUCUGCCAUUGCAAGCGAGAGCACAAGCGAUGGCACCUUGGUGCUUACACCCCAGUCGACAGAGGCACAGCCGACUCCCUCGGCCAGCACCAGCGAUUCACCAGACGACGAACCUGCAGCCUCCAUAACCGCCAGCGGAACCACUAGCGACGACCAGCCUGCACCGUCAACAACCCCGAGCGCAUCCACGGAAGAUGGAAUGCCUGCACCCUCAUCUGGCGCGACAGAGACCUCCGGUGCUGAGCAGGAACUGCCUUUGCCCACCGCUAGCGCAUCUACAGAGGUCGACCAGCUGCCGGGCUCGGUCACUGCCAGCGACGGCACGGCGGCAACCCCCACGACUGCUGUCGACACUGGUCUGGGCUCCUCAGAGGCUGCUAGCGACAGCGCAUCCGCGCCUACAAGCUCGGUUGAAGGUGACGGCACCUCCCCUUCGGUGACUCCUAGUGAGGGCACGCCAGCUCCCACGACCGACGCCGAUACUAGCCCUGGUCCCUCUGCCGGGACUGCUAGUGAUGCUGCGUCCACUGCCACAGGCUCAGCCGAGGCAGGUGGCAGCUCCUCCUCGGAGGCUGUCAGCGAGGGUACUCCGGCUGCCACGACUGCCGAAGUUGAAAAUGACGCCUCUUCUGGAAUCCCCAGCGGGGGCGUGCCGACUGCUACAAUCUCUGCCGAUCCUGAUCCUAGCUCUACUGCACAAGGCAGCAGCGAGGUCACGCCAGCUCCUGCAACCUCUUUCGAAGGCGGCAGCUCAGGGGCUCCAGCGGCAACUUUGCUCACGCCGUCGAGUGCCGAGGCUUCGCCAAGUGCGGAUCCCUCAGGGUCGGGGCUGCCCUCGCAGACCUGGACCACCGAGUCUGCGUCGUCUUGGGCUACAGCUGAGCCCUCGGGUGAACAAGAGGGUACACAGUCUGCUCCCGCCGCCGAGACGUCGCUGAGCAGCCAAGUCCUGUCGAGUGGCAGUGGCACUGAUAGCCCCCCUUCGGCAGAGGCCACAACUUCUGUCACGGGGGAUAUUUCAGUUGAGCCCCCGACAGCUUCUGUCACAGAGACUAGUUCUGAAGCUUCACAAACGGCCGAGGGGUCGACUGGUGGGAUCCCCGGAGAGUCCGCCACAGAAACCGCGAGCCCAGGUCCUCAGGAGACCAUCGCUACCAACACAGAGGAAUCGCAGACCCCAACUGCGGGUCCUUCUGCAGGCCCCUCUGCAAGCGGGACUGCUACUCCAAGUGGCAGCACUCCUGCGGAAUCACCCAGCGAAAUCGCUGGUAGCACUACGGAGGCACCCGAAGGUGGAGCUGUGUCGACUACAGAGAGUGAGACCGCCGCUGCCUCUACAAGCGAAUCAGACGCCAAGGAACCCGACGCUUCUGUUACCGAGUCGCCGGUGAGCGGAGGUGUGAGCGGAGGUGAGAGCGCCUCGGCAGUCGACACGGCCACUGCAGACGAAUCCACGCCCGAGCCAUCAGCAACCGUAAUUUCUACAGCUUCAGAGGGCGCCGUGGAGACUACUAGUGCUUUGCCUGGCUCGUCGGCUGGGGAUAUCGCCAGCUCAACUACGCAGGAGGCAACCGCCACUCCAGAGGCCUCGGAGAGCCAGACGACAGCCUCUCCGGUGAGCGAGACUGGAAGUGAAACUGUUGGAGAGCCGGCAGGAGAGAUUUCCGGCACCAUUACCAUAACAGACGCACCAGAAGGCACCGCCACCGUUUCUGCGACAGGGACAGCAGAUGGCAGUGGUAUUCAGGACAGCGGCACGCCCUCGGACCAGAAUGGCACACAAACUCCAAGCGGAACUGCCACUAGCACUUCGACAGAGGAGACUGGACCUGCCGAUUCCGAUGCAUCAGCCACGAGCCCCGGGCCAUCAAACAGCGGCGAGGAGGCGGCUACCACAGCUACGGCUGAACCUUCACCAACUGAGACUGAAGCCUCGGGAACGUCUGUUGAGCCUUCAUCUGCUGAGGGUACUGCCAGUCAGUCUGAUGAGCCCGCAGCGGGCGAACCUACUUCGGCUAGCGGCUCCGCAACUGCCGAAUCUACUGCCACGCAGACUGAUGACUCCCAAGCUGGGGGUACUUCUCUUACCGUUGGUCCAACUACCACCGAGGGUUCUACUUUGCCAGCCGACGAAACUACGGCGGCUACGGUGACCAACGAUGCUUCUACCAUCACUGAGCCUCCGAGCACCGCAACCACCGCCUCGCCAGGAGAGGAGUCGCUGACCGAACCAACAAUAUCCGGAACCAGCGGCGUGGUGGCAACCGAUGAUCCACCUCCCGGAUCAAGCGUUACUUCGCCAACAGACGCAGUCUCGACUACUGGACAGACUGGGAUCACGCAGACGGACGAUCCCUCAUCUGCUGAAGAGACUACAACCGCCGAGAUUGAAGCGAGCAGCUCUCAGACAGCCGGUCAAACUGGUUCCGAGGAGUCUCCAACAGAUCCCUCCAACGAAGUCACCGCAUCCUUCACUCAGAUCUCAUUCACAUUUGUCGAUGGUCCAUCGACCUUUGAGACGCUGACCCGGUCUCUCUCCGCCGAGGCUACCGGUACUGCGCCAGACUCCUCAGCCGAGGGAGCCACUACCACACCAGCGGGCGAAGAUGCAAGCUCGCCAGCACAGCCGGUAUCCAGGGGCAGCAGCGCAGCCGGACCGGAUCCCACAGACGCAGCAAGCGAUGCCGAAUCGAGCUCUACACCUACGGAUACGAGUGUCGCAUCAGGAACUGCAGAGGCGGGCAUCACCGCCUCCAUCCCAUCGCCUACGUCAGGGACUGGACUGUCGCCCUCUGAUGAAGAGACAGGUGCCGCCUCUGGGACAGGCCCUACCGCCACGGCUGCGAGUGGUUCGCAGACCGAAACGCCAGGCUCAGGGACGGCUAGUCCCACGGAAACAUCCACUGUGGAGGAGGCUUCGCCAGAGGUUACGCCGUCUGCUACUGGAUCUGAGGGAUCAGUCCCGGAUGGGAGCACUACGAUGGAGGCGUCCGCAUCCUCUUCAGAUAUGCCAAGCCCCACGGCACUGUCAAGUGCUGUUGACUCUGAUACCGAUGCACCAUCAACUGCAGUCGAUUCAUCAUCAACUGCAGUCGAUCCAUCAAGCCCCGCAGCAGAGGCCUCCACCGCCUCGGCCAGUUCUAAUGACCUUUCAACGACAGCUUCCGCUUCGACUACGAUCACGCCGGCACCCGACCCAGAUAACAACAACAGCCAGCCUGCAGCUACGGGAACCACAGCCGCAGAUGCAUCAGGUUCUUCGGGAGCAGACCCGUCCGCGACUUCUGGGUCUGAUGCGUCUUUUACAACAAACGACAACCAAGGAGCUGAGCCCACUGCAGUCGCACCAACUGAUGCGGAAGAGGAUGCGUCUUCUCCAACGGCCUCUGCUACCGGAACAGCUGACGAAUCUCCCAUCUCGCAGACUACACAGGCGAGCAGUGGAGCUACUCAAGUGGCAACGGGAACCGAGGCAAGCAACUCACCUGUUGAUCAGGAAACCGCACCAGUGGACUCUGCAUCGGCAUCGCCAACAACCGAUUCAGGCAGUGGACAAGGCAGCUCAGAGGCAAUUGCAACAGCAACGGGAGAAAGCAGCGCAUCUCCAGGCUCAGCUACAGAGACCGCAGAGGCUUCAACAUCAAUAACCGGUGCUGUAGAGGCCGGUUCAACAGCUACCCCUGACCCUGCUGCGGAAACCAUUCCGACUUCAGGCACAGUCGUGGACCAAACAACCGCAGAGGGCACGGUCGAAAGCAGCACAUCCCCAGGUUCGGGUACGGAAACGACAGCGGCUUGGUCCGCGACGCCAGAGGCCUCGACAACCGCUGAUACAGAGUCCGGUUCAGCAACCACCUCGGAGUCUGUCGCGGAAACCAUUGCAGCCUCAGCCUCGGCUGUGGACCAGACAACUGCACAAGCCACAGUUGAAAGCAACACACCCUCACAAACAGCUACAGAAAUGAUAACAGCCUCGCCGGAAACCCCUGCGGCCUCAAAUACUGCUACUGAAGAGACCGGUACGACGGCUACCUCGGCGACUCCUGCGGAAACCACUUCAAAUUCAGCUUCGGAUGAGGAGCAAACAACUGCAGGAGGUACCGAAAUCAGCAUGUUUUCACAAACAGUUGCAGAAACCACAGCAGUCGCAUCCGAAGGGACCUCGACAGCUGUUGCUGAGGCCGGUACGACAGCUACCUCGGAGUCUAGCGCGGAAAUUACUUCAAAUUCAGCUUCGGAUGCAGACCAAACAACCGCAGGAGGUACUGGAAGCAGCACGUUUUCACAAAUAGCUACAGAAGCGACAGCAGCCUCAUCCGAAGGGACCUCGACAGCUGCUGCUGGAGAGGCCGGUACGACAGGUACCUCGGAGUCUAGCGCGGAAAAUACUCCAACCACAGCGUCGGACGAAGCCACCGGGCGCACAACAAGCCCUGCCGAAGACGACAAUGCGUCGCCAACCACUGCAGCAACAGAAGACGAUGGAUCUUGGACAUUGCCAACACAAACCGGCGCAAACUCACCUGCAGCUCCGGGGGCCACCACAGCUGCCAGUGGAGAAACCAGCGCCUCGACAACCGCGCAAGCCACACCGGCAAGCGACCCAUCCCCGCCACCAACCACAGACGCAGGUGCCACAGCAGACGGCAGCGAAGCACCCAGCCCACCAGCAACGGCGCAACCCCCCGCAGACGACGCCGCCACCUCCGCCGCAGCCCCAACCAGCGACGCGGAGACGGGCCCCGCCCCUCCCGCAACAAUCCCCCCGACCAACACGGCAGCGGCCACGGAGAAACCCCCGACCAGCCCCGACGGCGCCUCGGCCAUCGCCAGCGCGACGUCCACGGACGGCGCACCGAGCGCCACGACGAGCCCGUGGGAGGCGCGCAUGCCGCGGUUCCUGGCCACGGCCAGCGGCGGGCGGUUCCAGCGCACGGGCUGCGCGGCCGGCGGCGCCGAGAUGGACAACUUUCGCCUCAUGGCCCGGGAGGCGGACAUGACGCUCGAUCGGUGCUCCGAGGUGUGCGGGGACUGGGCGUACAGCGCUGCGCACGAUACGGAUUGCUACUGUUCGAUGGGGAUUCAGUGGGACGGCGCCGAUACACCCUCUGGCGAGACGUGCGAGAUACGAUGCCCUGGAAACCCGGAUCAGGUUUGCGGUGGCGUGGUGGAGGAUGCUGGAGCGGGCGGUGGAUCGGGGACGGGCACGGGUGAUGGAGAUGGUGCAGGGUCAGGGGCGGGUGCGGGAAGUGGAACUGGUGGCGGUAGUGGCGCGGAGACUGGCACAGGUGGUUCGGGUACAGAGUCGGGAACUGGUAGUGGUGCUGGUUCCGGUGCUGGUACGGGCACUGAUGGAUCAGGCACAGGCACAGGCACAGGGUCUGGAACUGACAGCGGUACCGGUGCCGGUACCGGUGGGUCGGAUACAGGAUCGGGAACUGGGAGCGGGAGUGGUUCUGGCACUGGCACUGGUACUGGUACUGGUACAGACGGCGAUAGCGGCACCGGCACUGGAGGUUCGGGCACGGGAUCAGGAGACAGUGGAACAGGGACUGGCACCGGUGCCGGUGGAUCAGGCUCUGGAUCAGGAUCAGACACAGGCACAGACACAGGAUCUGGCAGCGGAUCGGGCAGCGGAACUGACGCUGGCACCGGCGCUGGUGGAUCGGGCACGGAAACAGGAGGCUCGGGCUCUGGAGGCAGCGAGGGCACGCCAAUCUCGCCACCUGUCAACCAAAGGUUUUCCAUCUACCAAAAGAUUCUGCAGGAUCCAGGCAGCUCGCCAGCUCCCCCUGCGGCUGGCCAAACAACAUCGGGACUAACGGCAACCGUUACACCUUCUCCAGGCGGCUCAACCUCCGACUCGUUGGCUGACACUAUUGCCACAUCAACUCUGGUGACGUCUGUCGGCGGCAACGGCCAGCAGACUGGGGAUGCGACCGACCCCUCGUCGCCCACGACGCCUGCAGCUCCUCCUGCCGACAACGGUGGCAACCAACAGCCUGGAAAUGAACCAAAUACAACUCCCACGACGCUAGCACCUGGCGACAAUGGCGGCAACCAACAACCCGGAACCGAACCAAACACAACUCCCAUGACGCCAGCUCCUGGCGACAAUGGGGGCAAUCAACAACCCGGAACCGGGCCCAGCACUGCUGUACCAAACCCCAGUGGAGAUGGAGGCGACCAGGAACCAGGUGCUGGACCGACAACUCCCAUCACUUCUCCCACUGGAGUACCGCCCGCCAAUGGCGGUAAUCAGCAACCUGGAAACGCCACUCCCACCGCUGUAUCAACCCCAGGUGGUGACGGAGGCGCUCAGGAACCGGGCGGCGAACCAAACACUCCCGUCACCACUUCCGCUGCAGUACCACCUACGGACGGCGGCAACCAGCAGCCUGAAAGCACCGUACCUACCACUACUGUACCAAGCUCCGGUAAUGGAGGCGGGCAGGAACCAGACGGCGGACCAAACAACCCCGUUCCUACUACUGCUACUACCGCUGGAGCACCGCCUGCCAACGGUGGCAACCAGCAGCCUGGAAACGCCAUUCCCAUCACACUCUCAACACAGCUCGGCGGACAACAACCAUCAGGGACUGGGUUUGACGAGUCGGCAUUACCUGUGGCUCCUACUCCCACAGGAAGCGGCCAGCCUCCCGAUGGCGGACAAACCAGCCCCCCGUCGAAUACCACUCCAGGCAGCCCUGCACCCCCGGCGACUGUUCCUGGUGGAAUUGCCACAAACGGGCCGGCACCUCGGCCUGAAGAAGGUGUUGACGAGCCUAUCGCUGUUGACCCUGACAACUCGUUGCCGACUGCAGCAGUGACCACUAGCAUACCACCCGCCCGCGAUGGCUGGCCUUCGGGCGUUGUAGGAACCGGCGACGAAUUCAGCCUCAGCAGGUUCCUGACCUCGACAUACACCGUCAAGCCAUCCACCAGCUGGCCCAGCAGCGCCCAGCCGUCCGAGGCAUGGGCCGGCACUGCCGAGCCCUCCAACGCCUCGACCGCCGCCCCAUCCGUCCCCAACAGCGGGGCGCAGACCGCCCCGACGGCCAUGGCCACCCAGACGGUGCCGGUGGUCCGCACUGUCUACGUCAUCAUGAUCAAGUACGUCUGCGGCAACUGUGCGGGCGAGACCGUGUACGUCCCGAGCUGCGGCGGCAGGCCCUGCAAGGAGGGCGAGCGGCCGACGGCCUGGACGCCGGUGCGCUGCGGUGCUGGCGGGGUCGACUGCACCGGGCUCGAGACCUUUAGGCCCGAGACUUGUGGUGUGCCGGAGGAGAAGCCGGAGUACUGUCGCGAUGCGGGCUCGAAGCAUCCCGUCGUGGAGCAGAGGCCGUGCGAGGGUGACGGGUGCCGGGAUGGUGAUGUGCAGUACGUACCGGCGGAGCAGGACGGGGCUCAUCCUGGUGGCUCAGAUGGCUCAGGUGGUUCCCAAGACGGAACAGGAGCUGGUGGUGAGGGAGCAAAAGAUGGUGGUCCAUCUGCCGGCAGUCCCGACUCGGACUCUGAUCCGGGAGCAGGCCCUUCAGGACCCGAUGAUACUGGAGCUGGAGAAGGUGAAGAAGGAGAAAACAUGCCAGAUGACGGCCAGGCAGGAGAAUCGCCAGAGGAUGGUCUGGACGAUUAUGAUCCAGAAGAAAAUGCUGGCUCGAAUGAGGAUGACGGCACGGACGCAAGUGGCAGGGAUGACGUCUACCCGUACCCCAAGACGGCAUCGGCGCAUGCUAUUGUUACGCCACGUCGUUCUGUUGUGCUUUUGGCCAUCGCCGUGGUGAUGUUUGGCCAGGCGUUGUGA